AAAGGCGCGAGGUGUCAUAGCGAGACAAACAUUGUUGUUUUGAUGGAGCAGCUGAGCAGCGUGCCCUUGUUACCCUCCACCCUCCGUUCUUACAACUAUUUUAUUUAAACUAAGUCAGCGACACUUUAAAAAUGCAGAGCCAGUGCAGAAAAGAAAUUCUAUUAUUGCUUGUGGUUGGAUUAAGCUGUUUGGUGGCACAGGUCAUUCCAGACACCAGUAAGAGCAAAGAAGGCAGUCCAGGUAGCAGUAAUGAUGGAGACAAAAGCAAGAAUAAUAAUAGUAAAGAGAAUCUCAAAUCUGCCAAGCUGCCUCCAUGUGCUUCUUGCAAGACUCUGACAGAAUCUUUCAAAAAGGGGAUAGAGUCAACGGCUCGUGGCAAAUUUGAAGGUGGAGACUCAGCCUGGGAGGAGGAGAAGAUGAUGUCCUACAAGAAAUCAGAAGUACGAUUGAUAGAGAUUCAAGAGAAGCUGUGCAGAGAUGUGGAGAGAGGUCAGAAACAGUGUGAGGCAGGUGCGGAGGAACAUGAAGGACUGCUAGAGGAUUGGUGGUUUAGAGAGCAAGAAACACAGCCUGACCUUCACACGUGGCUCUGUAUUGACACACUCAGAGUCUGUUGCCCCACUAAUCACUAUGGUCCUCGAUGCCUUCCAUGCAAAGGGGGCAUUGAAAACCCUUGUGGUGGGAAUGGCAAGUGUAAGGGUGCAGGGACGAGAAAAGGAAGUGGAGAUUGUUCUUGCAAUCCAGGAUACAAAGGAGACAUGUGUGAUGCCUGCACCUAUGGGUACUAUGAGGCCUAUAAGGAUGACACAAAGUUGCUGUGUGAACAGUGUCACAAGGCGUGCAAUGGCCCGUGCAGUGGGCCUGGUCAGAAGUCUUGUGCAGCAUGUAAAGAGGGUUGGCUCAUGGACACAGAAAAAGGCUGCCUGGACAUCAAUGAGUGUGCUGUUGACAAGACACCAUGCAAGAGAAACCAGUUUUGUAUAAAUAAUGAAGGAUCAUAUUCAUGCUUAGAAUGUGACAAAGCAUGUGACGGUUGUUCAGGUGAUGGUCCAGACAUGUGCGACAAGUGUGCUGAGGGGUACAAGCUAGAUAAGGACUUGUGUGUCGACAAUAGUGCGCAGGAGCGAGACAAACACAUGACAUUCGCACGUUACGUCACGUACGCUGGUCUAACCUUGGCCACAUGCAUCAUCCUGCAGAAGAACACUAUAAUUGCUGCCAUUGUUGGUGUAAGCGUGGCUGUUUACAUCAGCUUCUCAGAGUACUACCUCAAGGACACGCCCGCACCCCCAGUCACACCUCAGCUUCCGUCCUCUCUGUUUUCUCAGGACAUAAUCAAUUAAAGAUGAUAAUUACAAGUACUGUACUGUGUUACAUUUGUAAAUGUGAUCAUCUGGACUUAAAACUGGGAUACCAGCUACCAUAAUGAGUUUCAUAUUCUGUAUACUACUAGAUAUACUGUAUACAGGACUUCACAUUGAUUAAGAACAAUUAUUACGAGUAUUGUGUGUGUAAAUGUGAGCUUCAGGACUGAUAAUUUGGGUAAACAAUAUUUAUAUACGUAUAUAUAGAGAGAGAAGUGGAGUAUAAGUUACAAUUUUGGACUUAUACAAUACAUAUAAAUAUGAAUUGCAAGUGAGCAAUAUCUAUGAAGUACAAGUAACAAAGUUAAGUACAGUACAGUAUUGAGAAUGGGCAUUGGUAUGUGAGAUUUAAUACUGUACAUAGUACUGUAUGUUUAUUUUAUUUUUUAAAUGUAAGGUAAUUACAUUUUAUAACCUUACUAAUUUGAGUGAGAUUUUCACAGUUGUUGGUGCUUUAAGCAGUUGUGUUAAGUGGGAGAUCUUCAUUUUCUUUUUCCCUUUUUUAGUUGCUUAAUACGGUAGGUACACCAGUGGUAGUAAUGAUUCUUCCACUUUAGAUAAUAGAUUGGAUUCUUCUUUUUAAAACUUUUAUCUUUUUGUUUAUUGGUUAUAAGUUUUAUAUUGUUUAUUUUUGGAGGGGGAAGGGGGAUCAUAAAUUAAACUUCAUACUUAUACUGUACAGUAUUCAGAAUGGUCACACGUUAGGAACAUUAUUUUCAUUGUAAGAAAGGAUUCAGUUAGAGGUGUUUUUUCCUAAUUUAGAAUAUGUUGAGGUGUGUUGUAGCAGGGAUGUGAGUUACUGCUCUCCACACUCCUCUGAACUGAUCCAAGUGACAAAUUAAUGAUCAUCACUAAAUUGUCAAAAGAGUAUCAGGCCCUACACAGUAUCUCAGUCUCUGUUAACCCCAACCAUAUUGAAUUUAACCAUACUACAGGUAUUGAACCAGGACCUCCUAUGACUAGAGCUUAUUUGAUGAUUCACCUCAAGUUUAUGGUGAGGGGGUGUGGGUGGGGGGCAAGUGCUGGGGUAAAUAAAAAUUAUUUCGCAUUUAUAAUUGUAAUUUUUCUGUUCUUUUUGUACAGUUACCUUAUGUCUUUCAGUUAUGUAAUUUUAUUUUGUGUGUAGUAAAAUAUGCUACAUAUAUAUUUAGAGUGAGUGUAUGAUGUAUUAUUUAAGGACAUUAUUAUCAUGAAUUGGAUGAGGUUCAUGUCAAACUUGUGAUAUUAUUUUUUAUUGGAGGGAAUUGACGAGUCAUUUGAUUUUUAUUAUACCACAUUGUUGUACUUUGUAAACUCUUCAGUUAACUGAAUGUAAAGUUACUUAUGUUGAAGUGAGGAUUGUAACCUGAAUUAUCAUUAAUUGUGUUGUUUUGUACUUUUCAUGGGAAUACUUUUCCAGCACUAAACACCUGUCAGUCUUAGCUUUUUUUACUUCAUGUACAGAUGUUUUACAGUACUGUAGUGUAGUGUGUCAUCUGCUCGCACAAACUUGACCUUAAAAGGUUUCAUAAUAUGGUUGCUACAUGUUAGGAAAGUUGCAUUGUUGUAGUAUGCAAAACAAAAAUACUGAGCCUUUUUUCUUAUUUUUUAAAUUUUACCUUUUUCACAUUAUUGAAAUUUAAACAACUUGCAGCCUAUACGAAUUUAUUGUACAAAGAUAAAUUUCCAAUAAUUUAGUUAUUACGGAUUAAAUUAUUCAGUGUUCAUAUGUUGGGAAAUAUUUUUAUUAAUUAUAGUUAUUACGUAUUGAGUUGCUCAUCUGUGGUACCUGUACGACCUCUACAUAUAACACUACUGUACAACAUAAAGGAAGACCUGUAGAGUAUCAAGACACAUUUGGCAAGACAAGAGAUGACUAUCAGUGAGGGACAUCAUGUUGGUCUUGAUCCCGACCACCUUGAGCAUGGCAGGGAGGAGGCUUACAGGAGUGAAAAAGAUACUGUGUUCAGUAGUCAUAUAAACACUUUCAUUUAUAUACUGUGUGAUCACAUCAUGGACUUUCAACAUGCUGGUUACAGGAGUACAUACCAGUAGGUUUAAUUCUUAAGUCUUGACUAUGAACAUAUUGUAUCAUUAAAAGGAAACUGCUACCUUUAAA